AUGAUACGCAAGAGGGUUGCGCUACGGUCCCGAGGGAAACCUUGUCGUUUCCCACCGGUUUCCUUAAUGCCGCGUGUGUACUGCACCGAGCAGGCAGGACAUGUCGAAACUCCUGCGGUAGACAGUGCGUCAUCAUGUAGUUCAAGGCCGUCACGCAUAGAUGCAGGAGGACCUUCAGCACCUUACAGUCUCUUCAGGCCCAUUUUAUAUUCCACCGUAACUAAUCCCUCGGCACAGUUCUGCCUGCGCUGUGGUCCCGUGCUCCAGUCCCAGUCCCCGUCUGAUCCCCGUUCUGCCAUCGGCACACCUCAGGUCGCCGUCCUUUACCAGCUCCCAACUUUGCCAUCGCGUUCCUGGAUGAAGUGCCCCUCUACACAGAGGCUGAAAUGCUGGGGUCGGGGUCCGUCCCGCCGUGCGGCCAGCGGCCGGUUCAGGGCCGUGACUCGCCGGUCUCGACUGUGCGGGGGUGCGGAAGGGAUCUGCGGGCACCGGGCGGGCGGCGACGGCGAGUCCUGCGCGUUGUCUGGCGGGUCGUCGGGAAAACGGGGUCCGCGUGUGAACCUGGCCGGUCCUGGCGGUAAAACUUUCAAUCUUUUCAGGAAUCCAUAUGAAGAAAAAUAUAGAUUAAUUCGGAUUGGAAAUCCAGCAUUUUCCACGAGGCUGUUGCCUGUCAGAGGAGCAGUUGAAUGUUUGUUUGAGAUGGGUUUUCAAGAGGGAGAAACUCACCUGGUUUUCCCUAAGGAAGCUUCAAUUGAGCAGCUACGUAAAAUCAGAGACUUAAUUGCUGGAGAGAGGAGUAGCAGACUGAAUGAGUCAAAUGAAAUCCACAGAUCGGGAUCCUCUGAAACUGUGGCCAGCACUCAGAUGGUUGCACAUCAGCCUUCAAGACCUGCUGACUCUGUUCUUGCCCCUGCCCGUCAGCAACGAGAACCAUCACUUGUGCAAUCUCUUGAAAUGGCUGCAAAUAUCUUGGAAACACUUCAAACAAAAUUUGAGCAUCUCGUAUUGAUGUAUGAGAAUCCUUCUAUUCAACAGAAAGCACUAGCUUCAAUUCCUCUCCAGCAAUUGAAAGGGAAGGCUCAAAAAAAGCUAGCACAAGCUACAAGACUGGACAAAGGUGCACAUGUGAAUGAAGAGGACUUCUUGUUGUUGGAGCUCUUGGACUGGUUUAAGAAUGACUUUUUUCAUUGGGUAAAUAAUCUUCCUUGCAGCAGGUGUGGUGGGCAGACAGAGCCUAAAAGUGACUACCUGUUGCCUACUGAUGACGAUCUAAGGUGGAGUGCCAGUCGAGUGGAAAAUCAUUACUGCAACCAGUGUCAGUUAUGUAAUAGAUUCCCAAGGUAUAAUAACCCUGAAAAACUUCUGGAAACCAGAUGCGGACGCUGUGGCGAGUGGGCUAACUGUUUUACACUGUGUUGCAGAGCUGUAGGGUUUGAAGCUAGAUAUGUCUGGGACUGUACAGAUCAUGUGUGGACUGAAGUAUAUUCUUCAUCUCAGAAAAGAUGGCUUCACUGUGAUCCCUGUGAAAAUGUCUGUGAUAAACCUCUUCUCUAUGAAACUGGGUGGGGAAAGAAGCUCUCCUACAUAAUUGCAUUCUCCAAAGAUGAGGUUGUUGAUGUCACCUGGAGAUACAGCUGUAAGCAUGAAGAAGUACUCUCUAGAAGGACAGCACUCAGUGAAGCUACACUACGUGAAACAAUUAAUGCAUUAAAUGAAACGAGACAACGAUCUUUGUCAGAAAAUAGAAAAAGAGAGCUUUUGGAAAGAACAAUUGUGGAGCUUGUUCAAUUCAUUUCUCCUAAAACACCUAAACCCGGAGAAUAUGGUGGAAGGACAUCAGGUUCAAUGGCUUGGCGAAUAGCCAGAGGUGAAAUUGGUCCAGAGAAAAGAAAAGAGGUAAUUUUUAUUCCAUCUGAAAAAGAGAAGACAUCUAAACUCUUCCACCUCACCUACAAUAUAGUAGAAGAUAGUUAUACACGGAUUUCAAAUAAUAAUGAAAAAAUAAGUGGCUGGGAAACAGGUGUUUGGAAGGCAGAGUCUAUUUGGAGAAAGGUUGAAACAGAUUGGAAAAUGGUUUAUUUAGCCCGAAAAGAGGGGUCAUCCUCUGCUUCCAUCAGCUGGAAGUUUGAGUGCAAGUCAGUCGGUCUAAAAAUAGAUAACAUUUCAAUUAGGACAAGCAGUCAGACAUUUCAGAGUGGAAGAAUAAAGUGGAGACUUUGCUCUCCAAUGGCAGAAAUUACUCUGAUAGGAGAUAAAAAUCUUUGCUCCUAUUCAGAUUUUUCUGGUGCAACGGAAGUUACGUUGGGAGCCAGUCUAAAUGGAGGGGAUGGUGAAGCUGCAUGGCAACACACACAGCUGUUUAGAGACAGCUUAGCAGGAUGUGGAGAAAAUUGCUUGGAGAUAAUUAUAAAACUCACUGACCUCUGA